CAGCUAAGAAAAAAAUAAAAUAAAUAGAGGGAGUAAGUAUUGGUUCAUAUAUAAUCGAUCAAUCGCCAAUAAUUUCCACUCUCUCAAAAACAAUCGAUCAUGGAGGAACCUCUGUUUUCAGAAAACAGGAGUGAGUUGGGAGAAAGCGAGAAAUGGAGCUCCUAUCAGUACGUGGGGAGAACCGGUUCGGUAUUGCCCACCGCUUCAGUCAGCGUCGAUGAAAUCCGGUCAGCUGCUGCCUCUUCCGAUUAUUACCCGCCCUCCAUUCAUGCCGCCUUGCUCACCUCGCCUGAACCCAAUCCCAACGAGCAAGAAGCCAUUGUUUAUCAGGGAGGAUAUGUGGGUGGUGACUAUGGUGGAUCGACCAAUGAAUUUCAGAGGCAAAUAUUGGACGAGGUUGAGAUUCGAGAGUUGCUCAUUGAUCAUGUUGGCCAUCGUUGUUGUUGGGGAAGUCGUCCUGCUCGGACCUGGAAGAUUCAUGCUGUGGAAGACUGCAAUGUCUAUAUAGGAUCUCUAGAAACUUUCAUAGAGGAGAGGGAAAUUAUUAGAGAAACAGAGCCGUAUCAUGGUGGGAAUAUUGUUGGAAAGGAUACUGCACCUGAACUUGGCGUCUGGGAAUUGGAUCUAAGAUCUCAGUUCCCUGUGCUCUUCAUACCUCAUAAAGAAACAAGGACCAAAGUUCCUCAUUCUGAAAUUGUUGAGAAAUGCACAGAUUGUGCUGGGAAGGGAGAUAUUGUAUGUACUACAUGCAAUGCCAACCAAGAGCCUGGAAUUAAUAAGGAGAAUCAGAUGUUUGAUUGCCCAACCUGCUAUGGAAGGGGUUUGAUCGCUCAUAGAGAUGGGUCUGACACAAUAUGCACAAAGUGUUCUGGAAAAGGGAAAAUUCCCUGUGCAACAUGUGGAUCUCGUGGGCUGAUAAAAUGCAAGAAAUGCAUUGGAAGUGGCGGUCUUUUGUCAUGCAAUAUGGCCAUUGUUAGGUGGAAGACCCUUUCAACUCGCAAAGUUAGCGCAACAAGUGGGGCAGCAUCAGUUCCAGAUGAAGUUUUUCAUAGAGCCAAAGGUGUCCAAUUAUGCAACACUCAAGCACAUCAAUGCAGCCCGGCAUUUUUCGCUGACUCCUUCUUUCUCAAUAAGUUUUCAUCCGAAGUUAUUGCUGAGAGAGCUUCUGUACCUCCCACUGCCAGGGUCAUAUGUGAGAGGCAUGCCAUUUCUGUUGUGCCAGUGACACGCGUCACCAUGGCUCAUCGUGAUCGUUCAUUCAGUUUUUACAUUAUUGGUUUUAGCAGGGAGGUAUACUUGAAGGACUACUAUCCUUCUAGGUUUUGUUGGGGGUUAUGCCCUUGCUUGGAGUGGUUAAAGUUGUAAUUAGGCGUGUCUCUUAAAUUAGAGAAUGUGGGAUCUCUGAUUUUGUAUGCUUCCUGUGUUUGUGAGCUUGUUUUCUUUUAUGUGUGAGAAUAACUAGCGGCUGUCCUAUCUUGAAGAGAUAUUUUUAUCUCAGUAUUUUGUUGUAUAUUUUAUGUUCCCCGUUACUGAAAUGAGAUAUACAGAUCGUGAAACAUAUAAACUCCUUUCUAUUUUUAAAUUAUCUAUAUUGAUCCUUCCUUGUUUUAAGGAUCUUGCAGC